AUGUUCUUCACGGGCGCACUGCUGUUCCUCUCGGCUGUACUACUGGCAGCGUUUCUCAUAUGGCGCCGUUGGCAAUUCUCUUACUUCGAGAGAAUUGGCAUCCCCGGACCAAAGCCUAGCCUAAUCUGGGGAAAUAUCCGGGAGUACCACUCAAUGGAGAUAUACAAGGUGAUGGGAAAAUGGCUUGACCAGUACGGCGAUAUAUAUGGGUUCUACAACGGUGACGCUCCUUUUGUUGUGACCAGGGACCUAAACUUCGUAGAGCACGUCUUUGUUCGCAACUUUCAGAACUUCGUUGAUCGGGGCAUCACAAUGGCGACCGAUCAAAAUCACCCUGUGUUGAAGACGUCCAUCUUCCAUGCCUGCGGCCUCCCAUGGAAAAGUAUGCGGUCAUGUGUUUCGCAGAGCUUCAGUGGUAGCAAGCUGAAACAGGUGCCCCAUCAAGUUUUUCUGUAAACGUGUUCGCUAGGUAUACUGAGGU